GGGCCGGGCUAGACGUUGGGGAAUUGCCGGUGACAGCAAGCGCGAGACCCAGAUUUGAUCGUAUGUUUCCACUUCGCUUCCCUGCCUCUUCUCUGUUUGUCUGCGCCGUGGUGUGCUCAUCACUAUGUCCCUGGACCCGUCAAGGUGAUGGCCCCCCACCCUCUCUGUCAGUCCCAUGCGAAGCUCUGUGAGGCCCGACGAGACCCUGCGAGUUCCUUGUAAAAGCUGCCCCAGUUCUCUCUUGUUUCCUCAGCCCACAUCGUCCCGUCGUCGCUUGCCUGAUCUGGCAGUGCCGUGGAGCGAAAUGUGGUGGGCGAGGCCUAACCCCUCACCGUUGAAGAAGCCAAUCGCCUUUUUCAAUGCCAUCUUGACCAUACAGUGGUGGCACGCGCGGGCACUCGGAUAUGCCUCGGGAGGACCAGUGGGACGGACCGGGUUCCUCCCUCACACCUUGUUCCCUUUCGCUGUGAUCGAGCCGGUGGCCCAUCACCGCCAUCUCUGCUUCGCGACAUUUGGGCGGGUAGAUGCGGCCGCGUUUCGUUGGCUCUGGCUGUAUCUCUUCCUUCGCCUCAUCUUGUUCCUCUGGCUCAUCUUCUCCAUCGCCCACUUCGCCCCCCUGGAGGCCUCGACGAUGUGGCCUCUCAGGCGGUCAGUUCAAGACCCUCUGCCCGUCGCAUCUUCCGUGUGACCUGGGGCCAGCGACGAUCGGGCGCCCUCACAUGACCAGCAGCUCGCAAUCGUCCUUCAUGCCAGAUAGCGGUCAACGGAAACCGGUGACAGGUUUGCGAUUGCCUCCACCUCCUCACCUUGCUCUA